AUAAAAAAUUUAGAACUGAAAAAAUCUUAACAAAUUCUUAGAUAGCACACAACACAGUGGCAGAACUUGUGACGAAGAGAACGAAAAUAAAUUCGGCAGCACAAAAUAGAUGUCAGUGCGCUCUCGCUCUCAACAUUUCAGGCGCAUAGCUGAGCAAUAAGUAGAAAAAGUCACAAGAAAUUAUAUUCAAAUAAGUAAACUCAUAAGAAAUUCGACCAACGCGUACGGCGCGAAAUAUUUCCAAAUUCUUGCAUCAUUUUCUGACGCUGCGCGAAAGACGUCAUCGUACUAUUGCCUAUUUUCUCCAAGCUGCUGGAGCGCGCAACUACGCUACGUACAUAUAAAAGAAAAACAUUUAAAGACAAAAAAGGCAAAAAGCCGCAAAGAAAACGCGAAAAAAGUGAGCUAGGCGCAGCGCCACAACGUUAAAGUGUGAAAAAGAGUGUGCAAACACGCGAAAAUACUUUUCUGUAUCACUGAAAUUCUGUUCGCCAAGGCCUAGCAUCAAGCAGUGCGCGCCACACACUCAACAUAUAGACAUUACAAAGAAAAAAAUCAUCAAUACAUACAUAAUAUAUGUAAAAAAAAUACAUUUACAUAUAUAUUUUAUUGCUUGCCGAACACUUUGCUGUGCUUGCGAACUUUGCCGAACACUAAUUCGUGUGGCACACCGCGCACCCGCUGCCAUCUUCCGUUUGCCGGCUCGGCCUUGUUCAUCCGCUUCAAGUUGACAAAAUUUCCCGGCAUCCGCUGACAAGCUUUUCCUUUGCAGCCGUCUUCGUUUGUGCGAUUCGUGUGCGCGCACCAACACACAUACAUAUAUAUAUAUAGUGGGAAUUGGUCAUCGUUUGCGCCUUCGGCAACCUUCAAAGCAUCCGAUUCGGCAACGGCAACAUCAUCGGCAUCAUAGACGUCUGCAGGCGCCAAAUUCUCGAUUCACAUCGAGCUAUAAUCGGACUUGUGGCCACGUUAGGCGAACAGUCUGCUGAAAUCCGUUGUUGUCGUCGUUCGCUCGUAGUUGAAAUUUGCGGCGAAAUAAUUUGUAAAAUUCGUUAUCCGUCCAUGCCAUGCGCGAUAAAAUCACACAACUAUUUUGCUUGCAAAAGAACGCAUGCAAAAAUAAUACAACAGAUAAUCGAGGACAUAAUGUGCCAAUUAAAGUCACGAGCAACGGGACAACGGGUGCCAAUGGGUCUUUUGGGGCAGAAGGGCCCGAAACAGAGACCGACUCAUCAGGGACCGGGGGGAUGCGGAAGUCGUUGGAGAGGAAGGGCUCAGCGCCGAACGACGCUGUUCACCUCCAGAGACGGGUGGGACUCUUCAGUGGGGUGGCUUUAAUUGUCGGGACCAUGAUAGGGUCUGGAAUAUUUGUGUCACCUUCAGGUCUACUAGUUCGUACUGGUUCCGUUGGUGUUAGCUUUAUUAUAUGGCUGGCCUGUGGUUUGCUCUCCUUGUUGGGCGCUCUGGCAUAUGCUGAAUUGGGUACGAUGAACACAUCGUCUGGCGCUGAGUGGGCAUAUUUUAUGGACGCAUUUGGUCCGGCUCCCGCAUUUUUAUUCUCAUGGGUAUCGACAUUGGUCCUGAAGCCAUCGCAAAUGGCUAUAAUUUGUCUCUCCUUUGCGCAGUAUGCAGUUGAGGCAUUCGUCACCGAAUGCGAUCCACCAACAUCGGUGGUAAAAAUGGUUGCACUGCUGGCAAUUGUUAUGAUACUGUUCGUGAAUUGUUAUAGUGUGAAUCUGGGCAUGGCUGUGCAGAAUAUAUUCACCGCUGCCAAAUUGGUUGCCGUCCUCAUAGUGAUCUGCGGCGGCGCCUGGAAACUAUUCCAAGGCAAUACACAACACCUGUCGAAUGCAUUUAGUGGCGACACGCCCACCUUGGGCGCUGUAGCGACCGCUUUUUACACCGGCCUCUGGGCGUACGAUGGCUGGAAUAAUUUGAACUACGUCACCGAGGAAAUCAAGAAUCCGAGCAAGAAUUUGCCACGCUCCAUCAUGAUCGGCAUACCGUUGGUGACGCUGUGCUAUGCACUUAUCAAUAUAUCUUACUUGGCGGCGAUGUCACCCACCGAAAUGAUUGACUCUGAAGCCGUCGCCGUGACCUUCGGCAAUCGCAUACUGGGCGCUAUGGCUUGGCUAAUGCCGCUCAGCGUGACAGUGAGCACUUUUGGUAGCGCCAACGGUACACUCUUCGCGGCCGGACGUUUGUGUUUUGCCGCGAGUCGUGAAGGUCAUUUAAUGGAUAUACUGUCGUACGUGCAUGUGCGUCGUCUAACGCCGGCACCUGGCUUGAUUUUCCACUCACUCAUCGCUACCGCCAUGGUUUUGUACGGCACAAUCGGUUCAUUGAUUGACUUCUUCAGCUUCACCGCUUGGAUUUUCUAUGGCGGUGCUAUGUUGGCGCUGAUUGUGAUGCGUUUCACCAAACCCAACUAUCCAAGGCCAUACAAAGUGCCUAUCAUCAUUCCUGUUGUGGUGCUGGUGAUCUCCAUUUAUCUAGUGGUGGCGCCCAUUAUCGAUACACCACGUAUCGAAUACUUAUAUGCGUUGCUCUUCAUCUUGGGCGGCUUGAUAUUCUAUGUGCCGUUCGUUAAGCUAGGCAUGACACCAAGAUUUAUGAACAAAGUGACGCUUUUCUUCCAGCUGCUGUUGGAAGUGGUGCCAACAUCAUCGAUGUUCGAAUAAGCAAUGGAAAAUACAUUUCAUUAAUACCGGCUGAGACAAAAAAAAAAAUUAAAAAAUGUGUUACAAAAGUAACACAAAAAAAAUUUAAAUCAUUCAAUGAAAAGUAAAGGAGAGACUAUCUAUUCAGGAUCUGAGAGAAUAAUGUACUUACGAAAUAAGUUAACUGUUUAAACUAAAUAAUAUAGCAGAGCAGUAGACACAAAUAUUCAACUAUGAAACGUGUUGUAGUUAAGUAAUAGAUUUACAAAAAAAUAAAAAAAAAUAUUAAAAAUUAUAAAAAAAAUUAAAAAAAAUAUUUAAAAUUAAAAAAAAAAAUAUUAAAAAUUAAAAAAAAAAUAUUUAAAAGAAAAAAAAUUUAAAAAUUAAAAAAAAAAUUUUAAAUAAAAAAAAUUUAAAAUUAAAAAAAAAAAAAAUAUUUAAAAAUUAAAAAACAAAAUUACAAAAAAAUUAAAUAAGUGAAAUAUACGCAUUACAUAAAGUUUCUGGUAAAGACCUACAUACAUAUAUACUAUAUUAUAUAUAUUUUUAGCUGUAAGCUUAUUAGAAUCAUCAGAUUGUUGCCGAAACUUAGUAAAACUUUUACAAAACAAUGUUAUUGUUUCAAAACGUACAUUAAAUGUGCAAAAUGUAGCUUGAAGUGCUAUGAAAUAGUUGAUUAACUAAGUGCGUUGAUAUUAUUAGAAUUUAUAUGUAUGUAUAUUUAGGUACAUAAUACAUAAUAAGAUUGUGUACUCGCGAUUUUUUUCUAUAUGUUAUAUUUUGUGGUAUAUUAUGGUAUACAAUUUUUUAGGAAUUUAUGUGAAUUAUAAGUUUUAUGAGCUGACGUUUGAUAAAUGGCGGCUGAAGACGCAGGAUAUUGAAUUUUUAUUCAAAUUAUGACGAUGCCAACAGCAAAAGCGAGCUGAAACAGCUGAUUCAGCCAAACAGCUGUUAUGUGAGUGAUGUUUUGACGUUUUCUAAAUAAUUUAAUGAGGUAUUUUUCUAAUCUCGAACAAAAAACUGAGUGAAAAAACUUACUUGUUGAUAUAUUAUAUCCAAUCGGUACAAAAAACAGUUUAUAGAGAAGGAGACAGUUGAAAAGACCGUAUUUGCGUGAAGUUAUGGCGUUUGCCAGUAAAUUGUUUGAGUUAUAAUUAUUACUAUAACAAGAACCAUGGCUGAAAAAGUUUCCUUGCUAAGCGGCUUACAUGCUCAGCUGUUCAAUAAUCAAACAAAUCAAUAAAACUAACUGCUCUUUCAGUUCAGAAAUUUGGCACACAAGUCGAUACUUACAUUUCUGCAACCCAAAAGCUGCAAACAAAAAUGAAAAAACAAUAAAUAAAAAACCAAAAAUGAAAAAAAAAAUAAAAAACCAAACUCAGCGGCUCAAACUCAAGCAAUUCAAUUCAAAAAUAUCUUUAAAUUAUAUACAAUUCACUCAGCAUCAGCAUUGUGCCGUUCAUUAGCCUUCACCUGUCAUCGUCAGCCAAAUUUCAUUGAACAAAUCAGAAUUUUGAACGCAUAGCAAUAUUUUAAUUGGGUACAAGUAUGUGAAAAAAAAUAAAAAGCAAACGCAAAAAACAUUAAGUUAGACUAAAUUCGCUCUAUGUAUGUAUAUUUUAGAAAUCGUUUUAAAAUCCUAAACGGAAAAAAUUGUGAAAACCAUGGGACUGCUGUAGGCAUUAAAUCGUUUAAAUAUUUAUUAUUUACUAAAAGGACAAUGGAAUUUAGAAUUAUAGAACCGCAAGUCUACUUAUAUAGAAAUUGUUAUUUGACAUAACCUAUAAAGAAAAUUAAAACACAACAAAACCGCUUCAUACACAGCAAGAACGCUGAGCUGUGAAUUUAUUAGCUCAAAGCAAUAUUUUUUAUUGUAAUUAACAACAAAAACACUUAUAAACAACUAAAAAAUUCAAAAGCUACCGCAAAUGCUGUGUAUAAAGCUAAAAAAAAAUAUAUAAAAAAACAUUGCAACUACUACAAUGUAAGGCGCAAAAGAAAAAGCAAAAGAAAAAGCAAAAUAAAAAUAGAAAAAUAAUCCCAGAAAAUCUCACAAAAAUUAUUGCACACCGCUUACUACUAGCUAGACACAACUUGAUAUUUGCUUAAAAGCUCGUUUAGUAGUAUGGGUUAUGAAGCAAAUAAAAAUAAAAAUAAAUUUAUAUUAUCAUUCUCAAUUUCGCAUAAUUAUUUUUAAAUUAAGUUAAAAAGACAAAGUACUAAAAAUAUUGUAUAAUAAGCCAAUGCUUAUACACUUGUAUUUAUGUAUAUGUGUCAUUUACACUUAAAACAACCGCUAUGUAGAGCAGCAAUGUAUAGAAAACAGUAAUAUGUAUGUAUAAUAAAAAGCCAUAUUCACAUACAUAUAUACAUAUAUAGAAAUAUGCAUGUUUUCUCUAACUCAACAAUAUUUUCGAGCAUUUCAGCAUUUAAUAUGAGAAACAUUUGCGCCAGAUUUCCAAGAACAGCGUUUAAAAUUAACAAAUUAUCAACGAUAAAUCUACAUAUAUACUUACAUACAUACAUACAUACACCGAUGCAUGUGCAUAUGUAUUUUGGAAACUGUUUUUCUACACUUUUGUCUUAUGAUUAUACUUUUUAUAUAGUAUUUUGUUAUACGAAUAUAUGAUUAAUCCUUUUGGGAAAUUUAUUUUUAAAUUACUACAACCUCGAAGUUAUGGUUACAACAACAAAAAAAAAUUGAAAAAUCUAUUGUAAACUUGUACUGAGAAUUUAUCAAUAAAUCAUCAAUUACAAAGAAAAAA